GAUUAAUCGGAUACCCUACAUACAAUGGCCCCCAGUCUGCUUUGCAAUCACCAUCCACACGGCUGACGACGGUCAUCAACUUGGACUGAAGUGCUUUACUACUUAACAAAAAGCUAGCGAGCGCCGAGCAGGUCGUCUCCUUCAUCAUUUACACUUUCACACUUCGACACUUCAAUCAAUGGCGUCUACGCAGGUUUCCACUUCGAAUUCAUUAUCUUCCUUCCCAGAAGAGCUUCUUGCUCGUAUACUUGCGGACUGCGUGACUCCUCCCCAAGUACUCCCCAUUCGUCCACCAUGGCAUACCCAGCCGUUCUUUCCAUGUCCCUCACUCUUAGCCCGCCCACCACCCCACACCAGCACACGUGCCCGAUUGUCGCCGUUACUUGUUUCGCGACAGUUCCUCCGUAUCGGUGCUCCCAUAUAUUAUCAGACCCUCCACCUUCCAACGGCAACCCACGCUGCCCGCGUACUCGAGACACUCGUCGCCCAGCCAGUCCUUGCUAGUGCCGUUCGUCGUGUUGUGCUGGGCUGCGUAUCGCUGGAGGGCGCCUAUGUACUCCGGGCGUGUGAGAGGAUCGAAGAUGUGGAUAUCUGUAUGGAUGUUUAUGAAGGCAAUCCUCAGGGAGAUGCAGCGGAAGAUCUGGAUGCCCAAGCUCUAUGCGAUGCACUCGACCGAAUAGAUUUGAAGCAUCUUACUAUUCGCAGGACCUCGAAUGCAUACCUCACACUUACGCGCCCAAAAUACCUUUUAAGGCGCAUUGCAAAGGCCGUGCCAGCUUGGCCUAACCUUGAGUCCGUUCACUACGCACUUAAAAUCAGUUCAACACCAGUCACUAGGCCUUUGGCUGAGGCUCUGCGCCAUGCCCCCAAAUUACGCAGUCUUAAAGCGCAACUGCCGGCGAUUUGGAGCGACUUGUUCCUUACCAUCUCCCAAAACCCGACUCUCGAACAAAUCGCAUUGUAUGCAGAUGGCGUAGAUGGGAUCUUGCAUACAACUAUGUACAUGAUGGAGGCUAAGAAGCACACGCGCUUGAGCGAACUGAUUAAGGCUGGAACGUGAGUGCUCUCACACUUGCGAGUCUCGUCCUGUACCCAGUUAAAACCUUUAUCUGCAGGUCCUUCAUCCGAACGAGGGCUC